UGACUGAUGUUUACUGGGCUGGGUUCUGGGAAAAGGCCAGAUUGCAUCAGACAGGGCCUGAGGGGCUGGAGCCAGACUGUGGGCUGAGGAGGAGACGUGGCCUUAUAAGUUGGGGCCAGUGAAUUGGGAGGUGUCAGCAAAGCAGACACAAACAAAGCUUUAGAAGACGAGAGAGAGAGAGAGAGACAGAGACAAACAGACAGACCUUAUGGCCACCUUCCCGAGAGCAGCCAGCCCAUCCAGGCAGCCCCCAGGCCCAGAGGAUGAAGACCCCAACCUGGAUGAGUAUGACCUCUACAGCCUGGCUCAUUCUCACCUGGUGCGCUCUGUCCUACUCAGCCCUGGGACCACAUGCACUCCUAGAAUACUGGAGGAGCAACAUCAUUCCACACAUGGGGAAACAGGGACAAUGACGGCCCUAAAGCUAAGUGGAGUGGGAGGCCGGAAAGGUCGCACCAAGAGAGAAGCUGCCGCCAAUACCAACCGUCACAGCCCCGGUGGGCACGAGAGGAAGCUGGUGACCAAGCUCCAGAACACGGAGCGGAAAAAGCGAGGGGCACGGCCCUGAGACAGAACUCGAGAUGAGGUCAGAGCACGGACACCCCACAGCGAUGGAGACAGAACUGCGAAGAAUCAGCCCCUGGGGGCGGGAUCCAGGCCUGCUUGCCCCCGCCCCCAGGACUUAGCCCACCUGACUGAGGUUCCGAGUGGCCACCAACGAAGCAGCCCCGACCCCAGAAAAAGGACAAGAUGGGGAACAAGAGGCAGAGAAUAGAGAGAGGCAGAAUCAUGAAGGUACCCCUCAAAAAGAAAGAAGAAACCAGAGCUCCCCAGGGUGACAGCGACAAUAAACAAAGUACAGCAGCUGCA